GUACUGUACCUAACUCCUUAAAAUGAUGAGCAACCAUGAUGAACAGUUUGAAGCAACACACACAGAGGGAAGUAAAAUGGGGAUCGAUUUGGUUGGAAAAACAGUGAAAAACAAGCAAAUCAUCUUCAAAGGCUACAUAGAUGGAUCUCCAAUGGAAAACGACAUGGAAUUGAAGCUCGGAGAUGGAUUGAAAUUGGAAGUUCCGAAAGGAUCGAAUGCAAUUGUAGUGAAGAACCUCUACUUAUCCUGUGAUCCUUACAUGCGUGGUCGUAUGCUUGAUUUCCGUGGCUCCUAUAUUCCUCCCUUCACCCCUGGAUCUGCAAUUGAGGGGUUUGGGGUGUCGAAAGUGGUGGAUUCCGAUGAUCCAAACUUCAAAAGAGGGGAUUUGGUAUCCGGGAUUACGAACUGGGAAGAAUACAGUUUAAUCCACAAGACUGAUCAGCUGAGGAAAAUUGAACAAGAUGAUGGAAUCCCUCUCUCUUACCAUGUUGGUCUUCUAGGCAUGCCAGGAUUUACAGCUUAUGUUGGUUUUUAUGAGGUUUGUGAUCCUAAGAAAGGAGACUAUGUUUAUGUAUCUGCAGCCUCUGGAGCUGUUGGUCAACUUGUUGGUCAACUCGCUAAGUUACACGGAUGCUACGUGGUCGGAAGCGCUGGCACAAGCAAGAAAGUGGAACUUCUGAAGGAUAAGCUUGGGUUUGAUGAAGCCUUUAAUUACAAAGAAGAAUUAGACCUUGAUGCAGCAUUGAUGAGCAGGUACUUUCCUGAAGGAAUUGAUAUAUACUUUGACAACGUGGGAGGAGCGAUGCUUGAUGCAGCACUAGCCAACAUGAGGAUCCAUGGUCGUGUAGCCGUCUGUGGGAUGGUUUCUCAGACCAAUAGAACCGACACGCAAACUUUUCUCAACAUGUUCAGUGUAAUCUCAAAGCGCGUCACGAUAAAGGGUUUCCUUCAGAGCGAUUUCGUGCAUUUAUAUGCGCGCUUUUUGGAAGACAUUACCGGUUGGUACAAGCAGCGAAAGAUUGUGUAUAUAGAAGACAUGAACAAUGGCCUUGAAAGUGCUCCGGCCGCCUUUGUUGGGCUAUUUUCCGGCAAGAAUGUUGGUAAGCAAGUGAUCUGCGUGGCUAGCGAGUAGGAUUUCUAUUCUUUCUUUCUCUACGAAUUUGAAUUCGAUUUUCUUAAAAGAUAAUGUUGGAGAUUGGGACACGUUUUAAGGUAGUUUUACCGAUUACUGCUCU